UGACAUAAGCUAAGCAUCAGCAAUAAUGCCAUCGAUUGAGUGGAGCUGGUUCGCCUAUAAAUCCCAGUUGCCUGCAUGCUGCCUUUUGAAAAUUAUUCGAUCCAAUCCAGGCCUCCAUUUCUUCCCACCUUGGAGAUAGGACACAGGGAAUGGAGAAAGGCAUGGACGCCGGGCUGCUGGGCGAGGUGACCUGCGUCGACUUCUGGUGCAACGAGUUCGGCAUGCGGGUGCGGAUCGCGCUGCGCGAGCUAGGCGUGCCAUUCGAGUACAUUGAGGAGGACCUCCGCGUCCGCGAGAGGAGCGACCUGGUGUGGCGCAUGAACCCCGUCCACCGCUCCAUCCCCAUCCUCAUCCACCAUGGCCGCCCGGUCUGCGGCUCCGUCAACAUCGUCGAGUACAUCGACGACGUAUGGGGCCAGGUAACCCGUCGUUUGCUCCCCGCAGACCCGGCCGACAGGGCCGGCGCCAGGUUCUGGGCUGACUUCAUCGACCACAAGGUGUUCAGCACCCAGACGAGGUUUUUCACGAGCAAGGGCGAGGAGAAAGAGGCGGCCAAGGAAGAGUUGGUCGAGCAUCUUAAACGUCUAGAUCGGGAGGUGCUCGGGGACAAGUGCUUCUUUUCUGGCGACGAAUUCGGGUUCUUGGACGCUGUGUUCAUCCCAUUCUCAAGCAUGUUUUACGGGUACCACCAGCAUGGAGGGAUUGACCUCGAGUUGGAAUGCCCCAAGCUCACGCGAUGGGAGAAGAGGUGCAGGGAAAGGGAGAGUGUAAGCGAGGUUCUGCCAGAUGGGAAGGUCCAGUACGAAUUACACAAGAAGUUUUACGGCAUUGAGUGAACCGAAUUUCGGUCGAAUCGAAAAUGUACUCCUAACGUUCCAAAA